UAUUCAGUGGUUAUUUGUUUAUAAUAGCCGUAAUUGGCUGUAAGUGUAUUCGAUACUAAGCGCCAUAUAGGUUUUCCGUAUUAGAGACUAUAGAGCCACGCGGAAUAUGCCGGUUAGAAACCUUCUCGCAACAACAUAUACCCUUAUCAAGGACUAAAAUGAUCCCUACUCUUACAACGACUGGGAUAUUUUAAGAUAUUUCCGCUUAAAAAGUGCUCAUUCACAUUAUCCCCGUAGUACGAGAUGGCACAGAUUCGGAUACACAGCAUAUUCAGCUGAAUCCUCAGGUGCAAUAAGUCAUGUCAGACAUGGAUUCUCAUGCAGAUGGGUUAUGAUCUCGAUCAUACCCCUUUGGACUAUUGAGGCUUUGAGUCGCGAGACCUUCUCAUCGCCAAAGAGAGGAAAAGGGGUGCCGUAAAUUCUGGGACGAAGAGACUUCAGUGGGAUGGAAAAGUAUAAAGUCAUGCUUCUCGCGAACUUCUAGAGACUGAAAGAUUGACUUCAUCAACCACCACCACGCAGACACCACCAACUCUGAUACUAUACAGAUAUACAUAUCUUUACGAAAAUGAUUUUCAACACUACCACCAUCUUUUCCGCCGUUGCCCUCCUCAUGGCUGGCCAGGUCUUUGGAGUUGCUAUUGACACCUCAUCCAACGAAGCCCGUGAUGUACUGGGCGCAUUGAUCGCUCCUGAUCCAACUUCCGCCUGUAACUGCCCCAACAACUGCAGUCACCAUGCUGGGAGCAGCUGCAAGUAUUGUGAAAACCCCAACAACACUUGCAAGACGGUCUCUGGAACUUGUGAGGACCAGAACGGCACUCUGAUUUGUGUCGCGUCUUAAAGUAGGGUGCUACUACUUACUGGGGAACUAUGACCGACAUAAACCCACAGUUUCCCAAACUCAAAGUCCGGCUUCCAUCAAGUCAACAAUGA